AUGGCUAGUUAUCUGCUGAAACUCACAAUCGCCUGCACACUUAUCGCCGUGCUGCAUGCUGCGCCUGCGCCGAAACCUGCUGGCGCUCAAGCGCGCACUUUCGGCGGCUUGGGUCUGGGUGCCGCAUUUGGUUUAGGUGGUUUUGGUGGUUAUGGUGGAUACGGUGGCUACCCUGGCUACUACGGCGGUUAUCCAGGCGGUUAUGGCGGCUAUUAUGGACGACCAGGUUUCGGCGGCGGCUAUUAUCCCGGCUAUGGUGGCGGUUAUGGCGGCAUUGGCAAUUAUGGUGGCUCCUACAGCCAAUCGCAGUCACAGAGUCAGUCGCAUAGUCAAAGUGGUUACUACAAUGGUGGCUAUGGUGGUUUCGGAAAUGGUUUCUUUGGUUAACACACCAAAGUUCUUAGUGCUAAUUAAUAAGUUUAGUCAUAGGUAAUUUUAAAUGCGAUUUUUUGUACAAAAAAGUAAAUAAAUUA